AUGAGCCAAAAAAAAGUUCCUUUGAAUGCAUCUAUUGGGAGAAAUCUUGGAAGAGGAAAUUGUCUGGUUGGGAAAGUUAUUGGUCCCAAAGAUCGUUUUGUGAGUCACAAUGAAAUAGCCAACCACUUUCGCGACUACUGGAAUGUGCAACAUGGUUUCAAUCAUAUGGAUGCAGACAGAAACAUGGUUUUCUUCAAGUUCAAUUCCCCUAUAGAUCUUGGCCUGGUUCAGCAAAGAUCUCCUUGGACAAUAGGAAAAUUACUUUUUGUGCUCACGGAGGUGGAUGAAAAUGAUGUUAAUGAUAGUGUUGACUUUUCAUGGGUCCCUUUCUGGAUCCAAAUUCGGGGAUUGCUGUAUGGUUUGAUGAACAAGGAAACUGUUGAGUCGAUUGGUAACACAAUUGGUCGAUUUGUUGAAUCGGAUUGUGAUCAAGAAAGUCUUGCAAUUGGUGCAUCUCUAGCUCGCCGUGCCGCAAGGACGUGGACAAGAUACAAAACAAGUCAGAAUGUCUCAAUGGAUUCUGGCAGUAGAGGACGGGGAAGUGGAACAAGGCGGAAACUUCAAAUUAAUGAAGAGGUGGAAUAUGUGGAAGUUGAGACCAGUGGUAAAAGGAAAAAUGUGUUGGAUUUGGCAACUGAAUCAGGAAAAUAG